AUGAAAAUCCCAAAUAAUCCUGGAGCGGGUGAAAACGCCCUCGAACCAAUUUACGUAAAGGACGACGAUGGAUAUGACAUGGACACAUUUUUAAUCCCCGAUCACUACAAGAACUACAUGACGAAGGUGCUAAUCCCUAAUGGUAUUUUGAGGAACCGAAUAGAAAAGCUCGCAUUUGAUAUUAAAAGGGUUUACAGAAAUGAAGAGUUUCAUAUUAUUUGCUUAUUGAAAGGAUCAAGGGGUUUCUUCACUGCGCUGUUAAAAUAUUUGAACAGGAUUCACAACUACAGCUCUACUGAGUCAGCAAAGCAUUUAUAUGUUGAGCAUUAUGUACGAGUGAAGUCGUAUUGUAACGACAAGUCUUUAGACCGUAUUGAAAUUGUUAGCGAAGAUUUAUCCUGCCUAAAGGAUAAGCAUGUUUUAAUUGUUGAAGAUAUUAUUGACACAGGAAAAACUUUGUCCAAGUUUUGUGAAUAUUUAAAAAAGUUUGAAGUGAAAACCAUUGCCAUUACAUGUUUAUUUAUUAAGAGAACUCCUCUUUGGAAUGGCUUUAAGGCUGACUUUGUGGGUUUUUCAAUUCCAGAUGCCUUCGUCGUUGGCUACAGCUUAGACUACAAUGAGAAAUUCAGAGACCUAGAACAUUUGUGCGUGGUGAAUGAAGAAGGCAUAAAUAAAUUCCGGGCUAGCCCUCCCAGCAGUUGA